CCCAGCCCCGAGCCCGCCGAGCCCCCCGGUGCCAUCCUGCUGCCCGUGAGCUACCGCCUGUCCAACACCCGCCUGGCCUUCUUCCUCAAGGAGCUGCGCGCCAGCCCGGCGGGCAACGGCAGCGCCCCUCUGCAGCGCUCCGAGCCCUUCGUCGUCUUCCAGACCAAGGAGCUGCCCGUGCUCAACGUCACCCUGGGGCCCUUCAGCACGGGGCUGGUGCUGCCCAAGGAGCACCUGCAGCCCUCCAGCACCCUGGAGGUGCCCGACCGCCUCACCGUCAACUGGAAGGUGCGCGCCUUCAUCGUGCAGCCGCGGAGCACCGCCUGGACGGGAACGUCUUCAUCCGCCUGCCCGACAAGCCCCUGA